AUGCCAUACCUUUCAGUCCAAGUCUUUCAGACCCUUUCCCUUCUCUCAACUGUGCUUCUUGUCUCCCCUCCCCUCACACAAAACCCCUCGUCACAUACCCUCACUCCCACUCUCCUCAGAGGGAUCGGUUCCAACUUCCUCACUGGUAGCAUCCCAGCCAUGGCUACAGCCUUGAAGUCUCUCAACUUCCAAAACAACUACAUUACGAGCAUUGCCACCCAUUCACUCAACUUUUGCAAUGGCCGUUCUUGCUGCCUCUCCGAUCCUUCCAAGUGCUCCAAUGGCGGGACAUUCCAAAGAUCCGCUGCUGCGUGCGCCAUCUGUGGCACUACCGAUGCCGUCGAUCCCUUUUGUUGGGGCGCCGGUGGGGAGUGCGUGGUCUCUGCUGGUGCUAACAUUGCAGCCGGCACAGUGAAUUCCCAAGAGCUCCCGUCUGUCCCACUCAUGCUCUGCUCAGCACUGCUGUCGCUCAAGGCAUCGCUGGGAGUGACGUUCACCUCGUGGGCAGCAACUGUGCCGUGCCAAGUGGUCGGCAAGCAGGCUGCCACACAGACCACGUGGUCCGGCGUGCUCUGUGGUGAUACCGGGGACGUGCUUUCAAUCUCGUUGGCACGUCAGAGUUUGAAGGGAUCAAUUCAUGCGGACAUCUCCAAGCUCACCGCGCUCACGUACCUGUAA